CUGUGCCGUCCGCGUCGUACUUAUUCAGCGAGGAAAAUUCUCACGCCAGUCAAAAAAAACCUCGCGCCGCCGCUCACCCCUCGCCUCGCUCCGCCGCCCGGAGCCCCCCAUCGGCGCAUCGCAUCGCAUGGCGGCGGCGGUGGUGGCCUCCAUCUACAGCGAGGUGCGGCUUGCACACGCUGCCCCUCCCCUCCGUCCUCCGUCCUCUGCUCGAGCCGCAUCGCGCACAUGCUGCCCCUCCCCUCCGUCCUCCGUCCUCUGCUCGAGCCGCAUCGCGCACACGCUGCCCCUCCCCUCCGUCCUCCGUCCUCCGCUCCCACUUCACGCUCGCCGAUGAGCCAGCCAGCACCGCCCACUGGAAGCGCCGAUGAGAUAGCCAAGAUGUUCUCCAGCCUGUACGGCCAGCCGUCCGCGGCCGUGCUGCCGUCGGCCGAGCCGGUCGCGACGAAGCCGCUCAAGAUCGGCGUCGUGCUUCCUGGUGGCCAGGCUCCAUGGGAACAAUUAAUCGGCAUCUUUGAUUACCUGCAAGAGCGUGCCAAAGGCAGCAUCGUGUAUGGAUUAAGGGAGGCCCUGCUGGCGUCAUGAAGGGCAACUGCGUCGAGCUGACUGCUGAUUUUGUGUACCCCUACAGGAACCAGGUAAGUCAGCAUGCUUAUUGAAAUUUCAAUGUUUCAUAUAGACUUUGGUUAUAACCAUUUGCAAAAUUGGAAGUGGCUCAUCAGUACAGAUUUUGUUGAUGUACUUCCAUGAAUUAACAGAUGAUAUAUUUUUUCUCUUGAAGUAUCCUUGUUUGUAAGAAAUUUAUGACCAUAAGCAUAACAAAUAUAUGAUGGAUAUAUACAGUUUUUUGGGUAACCUGAAUUACUAUUUCAUGCACUGGACUGACAUUACAUGAAUGAUCAUGUAGUACAACAAGAACUGGUAAAUUCAAGGAUGAAUAGUGCUAUUCUGAUUUAUCUCCACUUCUCCAUAUAGUCUGUUUUAGCCUCUUUACUGUAAUCGGACAGGGGGUCUUUUCUUUUGUUGUGUCUCCAGUGAGAAUCUUUGAACAACACAUCUUUUUUAGUGUAGUUUAUAGUAUUAUUUCUUAACUCCAUUUUGUGUUGCAAUCUGCUGCUGUUUUUUAAGGAUGUGAACUGAAUACUACUAAUAUUUUCAUUAUUCAGUCGUCAAAGAUUCAGAAUUCUUGCUCUAUCAUGGGUGUACUAGCAUUGGUGUGCUUCAGACCCUCUAAACUGAGAGAUGCAAGUUUCAGUGUGCUAUGGUUCUUCUAAGUCAUGUAAUGGCAUCUACCACUUGACGAUAUGUGCUGUGACUAAUGAAGAUGCACAAGACCUCAUGCAUUCGUACUACUUUUAGAGAUUUCUGGGAACUUACAAGUGAGCAGCACAUUUUGCCUAUUUUGGUCCUGAUUGGCAUCUUCCUAAUGACACUAUUUUUUACAAGGGUUAGCUUCUAUUGGUUCCUCUGUUCACUUUUUUUUUCUGACGAGGUUCUGCAUGUUCCCUCAGUGAAGCCUUAUGUUCUCCUCAAAGAAGCCUUAUAUCCAAGAAUAAAUUAUCUACGUUUGAGUGCGAGUAAUGAACAACAAUUUGUAUUUGCUUCCUCGAACAAGAUUUGGUGGUUGGUAUUCAGCUAUUUUUUAUAUGCCGACAAUGUUUUUUCUGCAUAUCGAUUAACUGUCAGUUUACAUAAAGAAAGAAGUUUGUGAUUCUUUCAGCCAGCUUUGAAGCCUUUUUUCCUUAGCAUCAAUUUGUAAAGAAUAGUUUUCCUUGUACAACUCACCAGUAUGUGUGCAAAAUAUCAGCACUACAGAAAAUUGCCAUCUUCUAGCCUGAAAAUAGAAACCAAUGCAAUGCACUUUUUUUUUGCCUUCAUUAUGUUAUUACAUUGUUAAAUUUAGUUCCUACUAUAUUUAAGUAAUUGUUUCUUAGGAUAAACUAAAAAAAUCACAUUAUUAUACGUGUGUUGCACGUGCCUGA